CACCCGGUUGCCCGGCACAGUUAACCCGGGUUAAUCGUCCUUAAGGGUAAACUAGUGUGCUGCUUUGCUCCACAUUGUUAGUGAGGGAAGCUAGCUAGCUAACUAUGCUAACAAGUGUGUGUUAAAAUGCCACUGCUCAUAAAUACCGUUACAGCCACCACACACUGUCACGAGUCAGGAUCAUUGUAAGGACCAUGAUUUCCCACAUGUUUCUGCGCUCCAACCCAGUGUUACGGAAAACCCGUCUGGCUGUGUGGAGAUCGUGGAGGUCAUGGAAAUUAAGCCUGCACUCUUCUACAGGUGCUGCAUCAUCUGGUCCUGGUCACAAUGACAGAUCUGAAGAACUGUCUUCUCCUUCCUCUGAAAAGCCCCCUCACACGCCUGUUAUGCUCAAAGAGGUGCUUCAUUACUUAGACAUCCAACCUGGUCAGGUGGUCCUGGACAUGACAUUUGGAGGUGGUGGUCAUACCAAAGCGAUUCUGAACACGGUUCCUGAAGUCACAGUCCUGGCCUUAGACCGAGAUCCUACAGCAAAUUCUCUGGCCCAGCAGUUGGCCACGGAACACUCUGGUCGUGUGAAACCAUUGCUUGGCCGAUUCAGUGAGCUUGAGGUCCUGCUGUCAAACACGAACAUAAAGCCAGGCAGCAUUGAUGCUGUCUUGUUGGAUGCUGGCUGCUCCUCCAUGCAAAUGGACCAGGCAGAGAGAGGCUUCUCCCUCAGCAAAGAUGGGCCCUUGGAUAUGAGGAUGGAUGGAGAGAGGUACCUCGACAUGCCCUGCGCUGCUGACGUUGUGAAUACCUUAGAUCAACAGGCUCUUGCAUCCAUCCUCACUGCAUAUGGGGAGGAAAAACGCGCCUGGAAAAUAGCUUCAGCCAUGGUGAAGGCACGCCGUGUCAACCCCAUUACCAGGACACAGCAGCUGGCCAGCGUGGUGGCAGGAUCGUUUCCUCCCGCUGUUAUCUAUGCACGUAAAGACCGACUCCACCGACCUGCACAUGUGGCCACGAAAACCUUCCAAGCUUUGCGAAUCUUUGUGAACGACGAGCUGAACGAACUCCACGCAGGCCUGCGUGCUGCCCAGGCAAUCCUGAGACCUGGAGGACGUUUCUGUAUAAUCACCUUUCACUCACUAGAAGACCGACUGGUCAAACGUUUCCUCCAGGGAGAUGAUUUGUCUAAUCUAGAUCAGUAUCACUUUAGCCCCAGGAAACCAGCUACCAGGACGGCAAAAUUGGGGGAUGAAAAAAGCGAUGGUGGAAGUGUUCACUGGCUUCCUCUGCGGAGAAAAGUGAUCACCCCAGAAAAGGAUGAUGUGGAUGAAAAUCCUCGAGGACGCUCGGCUAAACUCAGGGCAGCGCUCAGGCGGUGAUACGUGACGUUGAAGAGCCUAGGAGAGUUACUCUUUACUGUUAGUAAUUAAAGCAAGUUCACCAAAGAGUGUCAUGAAGUAAUAUUGCAAUUCUGCACUGCAUUUGUCUGCUGUUUUUUAAUAAUCUUCUCCCUAAAUGAAAAUUUUUGUCUGCAAAAUCUUAUUUUUUACAGUUUCUAGCUUAAGCCUUAAUCAGAAGAGCGAUUUAAUGGCACGGGGCACGAGUAGCUUGGUUGUUCGUUCCAAUGAACACACCUGGUGGGUUUUGUUUGUGGGAAGCCAGUGAAUGGUCGUCCUUGAUGCUGCAUUAGUGACUUCUUCUGGUUGGUUGGGGCACUGAUGGGGGGGAGGACUCUGGAUAAAGGAAAGAAUGAAUCUCCCACACAAUAUGGCCACCAGUAGCAGCUCAGAGUUUUGAAGAAAUUCCCUCAAGUCGUUUUGUCAAUUAUCAUGUUCACAUCAUUGGGACCGAUGGACAGACAACCCAAAUGCCUACUGCUGGUGGCUGCUAGUUGUUGCCAGUGCAGAGGCUUUUAAAGUUUGUACAGUUUUAAUGAUGAAUCCCGGUAAGAAACAGUUAUAAAUGAGCAAGAAGCAGAUUGUGUUAACAGUUAAAUAUACGUUAGGCUUGGGGUUAGGACAACCGCAUGGUUGCAGUCUGUCCUCCAGAGUGUGGUAGCCCCAACUGUGAACACAAAAUUAUAUGAAUAUGUUGGUUUAAGUUUGAAUCGUUUAUAUGAAAAUAUAAAUAAAUAUUAAAAAAAAAGAACUUUUAACACCCAAAUUAAAGUAUGUGACUGUUAUUGUAUUUGCUGCCUUUGUUAUUUGCCUUUUAUAUGAAUAAA